UAUUUAUACAUUAAAAAACUUAGUUUUGGUUUAUUAUACUUCAUACAAAUGAAUGUUACUAUCUCAUUAAUUUGUCUUCAAUUAUUAAUGAAUCAGACAUUAUCUUAAUUUAUAAUAGAAAAGUACACAAUCUUAUCAAUGAUAAAACACAAUAAAAGUAGUAUAAAACAAAAGGCUGUGAUAUAAGCAGACAUUGUUCUGCAGCUUUUAAAUAAUUUGCUCCAAUUAUGUGUAUUUUAUUUAUUUAUCGUAAUCCUGAUGCUGAUUCUGAAUCAUAUCGAUUGAUUUUGGUCUCAAAUCGUGAUGAAGAUUUUAAACGACCAGCACUACCAGCUCAUUAUUGGGAAAAUCAUCCUUUAUGUUUAGGAGGUACUGAUAUGGAGCCUGGAAAAGAAGGUGGGACUUGGCUAGCAUUGUCAUUAACAGGAAAAGCUGGUGUUGUUUUAAAUUUAUCUACUGAAGCAAGUUCAACUAAUAUACCAAAACAAGGACGAGGAUAUUUAGUGCCUAAUUUUGUUAUAUCAAAAGAUUCUGCAGUUUUAUAUUUAAAUGAAUUACAUAAAAAAAAUAAAACUCAAAUAUAUAAUCCUUUUGUUUUGGUUUUAAUAAAUUUACAAAAUGCAGAUAUUAACUAUCUUAGUAGUUGCCAUAAUUCAACAGGACCUAAUUCAAGUCAAGAUAAUAUCCUAGGUUUUGGUAAUAGUGGUCUUGAUAUGCCAUAUAGAAAAGUUGAAGUAGGGAAAAAAAUGUUUGAGAAUAUUGUUAAAAAUGUUAAGGUCUCAAAACAAACAAGAUUAAUUGAAGAGCUUUUGAAAUUUUUGAAAUCAAAGGAAAAAUAUUUACCAGAUCCUGAAUUGCAAAAACGUUGUCCAACAAAAUACAAAGAACUCAGUUCAAUUUUUGUAUCAGCUGAUGAAUAUUGUACACGAACUCAUUCUAUAUUGUUGGUUAAUGGAAAUAAUGAAUUAACAUUUGUUGAAGAAACACUUAUGCCAGAUUUAACGUGGAAACGCCAAAUAUUUAAUAAUAAAUUAAUGUAAAGAUUAAUAGUAAUAAUUAUAAAUAGUAUUCCAUGUUAAUUAUAGUUAAUAGUUAAUUUUAUGUUAAUUAUAUUAUCAAUUCCAAACAAUUAAUAUACUGUUAAAUGUACAUAAUUGAAAUGUCUAUAAAAGAUAUAAAUCUGUUAUUACAAAGAUAUUGUUUUAUAGUGUU